CACUGUGGCUGUGACUGUGAUGUUGCAACAAUCACGAAAAUAAUAUUCUGCAAGCAAAAGAGCUAAAGUCGAGUAGCACGCUGGUGAUUUCGUAGGCCUAGGGAAAUGAGCUCGAAGGUUAGCAGAGAUACACUCUACGAGUGUGUUAACACACUUCUCGAAAACUCCCAAAAGAAGAAAAGAAAUUUCUUGGAAACUGUUGAAUUGCAAAUCGCUCUCAAGAAUUACGAUCCCCAGAAAGACAAACGUUUCUCCGGAACAGUGAAAUUGAAGAAUAUACCAAGACCAAAAUUUACUGUUUGUGUAUUGGGAGAUCAACAGCACUGUGAUGAAGCUAAAGCCAAUGAUGUAGCAUGUAUGGAUGCUGAAGCACUAAAGAAAUUGAACAAAAAUAAGAAGUUGGUUAAAAAAUUAGCAAAGAAAUAUGAUGCCUUCCUUGCAUCUGAGUCUCUUAUUAAACAAAUUCCAAGAUUGCUGGGUCCCGGUUUAAACAAGGCUGGAAAGUUUCCUUCUCUGCUGACUCACAAUGAAUCUAUGAUGGCAAAGAUAGAUGAAGUGAAAGCUACCAUUAAAUUUCAAAUGAAGAAGGUUCUCUGUUUAGCAGUUGCAGUUGGGCAUGUCACUAUGACUCAAGAUGAACUGGCUCAGAAUCUAAAUCUUGCAAUCAAUUUUCUCGUGUCCCUGCUCAAGAAGAAUUGGCAAAAUAUAAGAUCUUUACAUGUAAAAAGUACAAUGGGAACAGCUUUGCGAUUGUAUUAA